AUGUCCAAAAUUUUUAGCGAAACGCAUUCUUAUGCUGAGAAUAAAUCUGAUAAGAAGUCAAAAAUAGAAGAUGACUUACUAUCAAUCGCGGACAGUAACUGCAGUUCUACUAAAUCCAAUAAAAGAAAUCUACUUAGCAAAAAUUCAAAUGUUCACCAAUUAUUGGCCAGAAUAGCGCAAGAAAUUGAUGAAAGAAAACCGAGUAAUGUAAUACACUUUAUUGUAGAUUUUUUGUGCAAGCAUUAUCCCCAACAUUUACAUGGCUUUGAGGCCAUAUGGAAUGGAGACCCCGAUUUGGAACAAGAAAGAAUACUAGUAGUGGAAUUUUUUAAGCAACAAAAAAUACCAGUAGAAAUAUCAGUUCAUUUUGUCAAUGCUGGAUUUGACACGAUUGAGACAUUAUGCACAUUAUCCACCAAUGCCCUUGAUGACGUGGAAAAAUUUAAUAACACUAGAUGGCUACCAGGACAUAAAGUUCGAUUACAACAAACCUUCAACGACAUUACUAACAGAGUUCGGAUUUUCAAAGAACAAAGGGAUGCUUUAAUCAAAUCUUUGAAACAUCGAUUUAUAGGUACUAGUACCCCACAUUUACUUAACUCUGUCGUUCUUCCCAAAGUAGCUAAUCCUAUUAUAUUACCAGUACAUCAGCACACACAUUCACCAUUUAAUGUUCCUUCGAGGGAGGCAAAUUAUAUAUCAGUUGACAAAUCCAUGCACCCCCCUUAUAUCUACAAAAGAUAA